AUGCCCAAGAACUCGUCAGACAGCAUUACCUACCGCCUCGCUGGCCUCGGAGCUAUUUUGCUUGGCCACAGCAUCGUUCCUCAUCCGGACGGCAGCCCAAGGCAGGCCAUUCCAGAAUCAAUCGGAUGGACACUCGCUUCGGGAGUAUACAGUCCCCGACAGCUUGUCGAAGGGUUUUCGCCACUACUAGACACAGUGGUCUACCGCCUCGGAAAGGACUCUCCCGAUGCCAGACCAGCUCGGGCCAUGCUGUUGGAUAAUGUCGCUUCCAACUUGGCCCUUGGCACGCGCGAAUCCACGAUGCCACUCCCGAAAAACAUGUCAGACGUUUCGCGAAGGGAAGUGAUGCAACAAGCGGAUCGAAUUGGAAAGAGCCUUGUGCAGUGGGCAAGGGAACAUGCUGGGGGAACCUUUGACCCGAACUUGAACAUCCGCAGCCCAUGCGAAGGUCACCUUUUGACACCUCCCAACGUCGAUCUGAUGUUCGGUCGACGCAGUCAGCCACAUCUCAUGCAGCUCUUCAACGAGUACAUGCACCAAAUGGUUCUAUUGCGCGACUCUCUCCUCCCAUUCGAUAAUUACCAAGAUGUUUUGAUCCCAGUGGAUAACAAACGAUCUCGGGGAAUUCGCCAUAUGGAGACGAGUCGAGGGCAAUUCCUUGCCACGCUGGUUACCAAAAGCGUUUCACAAGCUUCAGUUAUGGCAUUUGCCAAAUCCUUGCUAGCACCACAUCUUCCAGCCACCUCAACUGGCGGAUACGGGUUUCAGUACUCUCAUGGUGUUGUACUUCCUGCUCUUUUCGGCGGUAACUCAGACUGCUUACACCUCUUGCAAUACAUGCCACUCAGACUUGAUUCGAUCAAGACCGAUAUCCUCUUUGAAUACCGACACACGGACUAUUACGUCGCUGACCGUGCGGAGAUUCCGACCGGGACGAAAGCAGUGGACGCGGACCUGGCCAGGUUUCCGAAAAAUUCGCGGGAGCGGGUAGUUCAGACCGCCAGCCUCGACGUCGUUUCUUCUUCAUCCCCAUCUGCAGUGCGCCAAUUAGAGCUAAGGCUCGAAUUUCACAACGGAAAAUGCGGCGCGGUCGACGCUGGGCAGAUCGCCCGCGGCCACCGUUACGCAUACCAUGCCCUCCGCAAAGACAGCGGGGUACAUGCCCUCAAGACUGCUUUCGUCCAUUCAGCUGUCGAUAUGCUGCUGCAGCCUGGCGACGGGUUGAUCUCGGCGAGUAAUGGAGGCGUUCACGUCAUUCCUACGACGGAGUCAGUGGUUUCGCUUGCGCUGCUAGGAAGGCUUUAUCCGGAGAACGUCAUUCUGUUGUCAGCAAAGGGGAAUUUGAGCCAGACAAACAAUGCUGGGAAGGGUUUCGAGCCUAAGUUUGUAAUCUGGGGUGGGACAGAAAAGGGAGAGGUUUGA